AUGGAUACCACCACCUCCCUGAAGAUGACCUCCCUGGCUGUCCAGAGUCUUUUCAGCUAUGUGGAGGAGGAGAACCUGGCUGCAGUCAAAGCACAUUUGGACAAGUUCAGAGACGUGGACAGCAGGAGUGACAAUGGACAAACUCCCCUGAUGGUGGCGGCGGAGCAAGGCAAUCUGGAGAUUGUGCAAGAGUUCAUUAGAAGAGGAGCCAACGUGAACUUGGAUGAUGUUGACAGCUGGACGGCGUUGAUUUCAGCGGCUAAGGAGGGCCACAUUGAGGUGGUGAAAGAACUACUGGAGAACAAUGCUAAUCUGGAACACCGAGAUAUGGGUGGUUGGACGGCUCUCAUGUGGGCAGCGUAUAAAGGUCGUACAGAUGUGGCACAGUUGCUCUUGGAAAAAGGAGCAAACCCAAACAUCACUGGCCAGUACAGCGUCUACCCCAUUAUCUGGGCGGCGGGUCGAGGCCAUGCAGAGAUUGUCCAUCUCCUGCUGCAACACGGCGCCAAGGUCAACUGUUCAGACAAGUAUGGAACCACCCCUCUGAUCUGGGCAUCCAGGAAGGGCCACUAUGAGAGUGUGAUGCACCUUCUGGCCAAUGGAGCUGAUGUGGACCAGGAAGGAGCAAACUCCAUGACGGCUCUGAUUGUAGCAGUGAAGGGCGGUUACACUGAAGUGGUCAAGGAGGUGCUGAAGAGAAACCCAAAUGUCAACAUGACGGACAAAGAUGGUAACACAGCCCUGGCCAUCGCAGCCAAAGAGGGACACACUGAGAUCGUACAGGACCUGCUGGAUGCCGGUACCUAUGUCAAUGUCCUGGACAGGAGUGGAGAGACAAUGCUGAUUGGAGCAGUGAGAGGAGGUCAUGUGGAGAUAGUCAGAGCUCUGUUGAAUAAAUAUGCUGAUAUUGAUGUCAGGGGACAGGAUGGCAAGACUGCCCUCUACUGGGCUGUAGAGAAAGGCAACGCUACCAUGGUCAGAGACAUCCUGCAGUGUAACCCUGAUACAGAGAGUUGCACAAAGGAAGGAGAAACUCCACUUAUUAAAGCCACAAAAAUGCGGAAUAUAGAGAUAGUGGAGCUGCUGUUGGAUAAAGGAGCCAAAGUGUCUGCAAUCGACAAGAAAGGAGACACACCCCUCCACAUUGCCAUCCGAGGACGGAGCCGUAAGUUGGCUGAGCUGCUGCUGAGGAACCCUAAAGAUGGUCGCCUGCUGUACCGCCCCAACAAGGCCGGAGAGACACCAUACAACAUUGACUGCACCCACCAGAAAAGCAUCCUCACACAGAUAUUUGGAGCCAAGCAUCUCUCCCCCACUGAGUCAGAUGGGGACAUGCUGGGUUAUGACCUGUAUAGCAGCGCUCUUGCAGACAUCCUCAGCGAGCCCACCAUGCAGCCACCUAUUUGUGUCGGACUGUACGCCCAGUGGGGAAGCGGCAAGUCUUUCCUACUGAAAAAACUAGAGGAUGAGAUGAAGACAUUCGCGGGGCAGCAGAUAGAGCCGUUGUUCCAGUUCUCCUGGCUGGUAGUCCUCCUUACCCUGUUACUCUGUGGCUCAGUGGCUGUCGUCCUGGGGUUCACUGUUGAUCCUAUGCUGGCUAUUGCUGUCUCCCUCAGCCUCCUUGCAUUGCUCUAUAUCUUCUUUGUGCUGGUGUAUUUUGGAAGCCGCCGUGAAAGGGAAAGCUGGAACUGGGCAUGGGUCAUCAGUACCCGUCUGGCCCGCCAUGUUGGCUACCUGGAACUGCUGCUCAAGCUCAUGUUUGUUAACCCACCUGAACUUCCAGAGCAGACCACUCGUGCACUUCCUGUCAGGUUCUUGUUCACGGAUUAUAACCGUCUGUCCAGUGUCGGAGGGGAGACGUCCAUGGCAGAGAUGAUUGCCACUCUCUCCGAUGCCUGUGAGAGGGAGUUUGGCUUUAUGGCCACCAGGCUAUUCAGGGUUUUCAAGAAUGAUGAAGUCCAAGGCAAGAAGUGGAAAAAGACCUGCUGUGUUCCCUCCUUUGUGCUCUUUGCCUUUACACUAGGCUGUCUGAUCACUGGCAUUGCCCUUUUGGCUAUCUGUAAGGUGGACCCUGAGAACCUGACACUGAAUGCGGUGCUGAUAGCGAUGGCCAGUGUAGUAGGCCUGGCCUUACUACUCAACUGUAGAACGUGGUGGCAGGUGGCCGACUCCGUCCUCAACUCCCAAAGAAAACGUCUUCAUAGCGCUGCCAACAACUUGCACAAACUCAAGAGUGAAGGAUUUAUGAAGGUUCUGAAGCAUGAGGUGGAGUUAAUGUCAAAGAUGGCCAAAACCAUCGAUGGCUUCACUCAAAACCAAACACGCAUGGCUGUAAUCAUCGAUGGGCUGGACGCCUGUGAACAGGACAAAGUGCUGCAGAUGCUGGAUACGGUGAGGGUAUUGUUCUCCAAAGGCCCUUUUAUCUCCAUCUUUGCCAGUGACCCCCAUAUUAUCAUCAAAGCCAUCAAUCAGAAUCUCAACAGUGUACUGAGAGACUCCAACAUCAAUGGCCACGACUACAUGAGAAACAUUGUCCACUUGCCAGUAUUCCUCAAUAGCCGAGGCCUGAGCACGGCCAAAAAGCUCUGCAUGGCAGCUCCCACCAACGGAGAUGUGGUGCCUGCUGAGGGAUGGCAUGAAGAUAUGGAGCGGAAGCUGUCUCCUAAUAGCGUGAAUCAAGACCAGUCCAAAUUUGGGAGCAAGAACGCCCUAAACCGCAGGGACACAUACCGACGGCGUCAGAUGCAGAGAACCAUCACUAGACAGAUGUCCUUUGACCUGACCAAGCUGCUGGUGACCGAGGACUGGUUCAGUGACAUCAGUCCACAGACCAUGAGGAGGCUGCUCAACAUUGUCUCCAUCACAGGUCGCUUGUUACGGGCCAAUCAGAUCAUCUUUAACUGGGAUCGGCUGGCAUCAUGGAUCAACCUGACAGAGGAGUGGCCAUACAGAACAUCAUGGAUCAUCCUUUUUCUAGAAGAAACUGAGGGAGUGUCAGAUCAGGUCGCUCUUAAGACUAUCUAUGAGAGAAUCUCCAAGAACAUCCCCACGACUAAGGACGUGGAGCCUCUGUUAGAGAUCGACGGAGACAUCCGCAGCUUCGAAGUGUUUCUCUCCUCCAGGACACCUGUGCUCACAGCCAGAGAUGUAGAAAUGUUCCUGCCCUGCACUGUCAACCUGGACCCAAAACUCAGGGAAAUCAUUGCAGAUGUGCGUGCGGCCAGGGAGCAGAUGCACAUCGGGGGAGUGACCUAUCCCACGCUGCCACUGCAAGAGGCAGUGCCCCGUCCCUCAUCAGGUUACAGCCAGCAUUCUGCCGCUUGCUCCCCGACGGGUUCGUUUGCAGGAUCCCUUCCUCCUCAGCCACAUAGUGCCUACUUCAGUGGGAUGACCGGCCCUCAGCAUCCUUUCUACAACAGGCCUUAUUUUCCCCAUCAUGUGUAUCACCUGCCAAGGCAUUACUCCCACCAUGUCCCCUCAUCCUCGCGUCCCUCCAUUAAACCACCCGGCCAACCUAAGGACAACACCAAUGGACUUCAUUUAAAGUCGCUGCCUUACAAACUGAAGCAGGGGUCUCCUGUGGUCCUGCUCAGCUCUCUGAACACAGAUGCUGUGUGCGAGCGUCUCAAACAUAUCGAUGGAAUCGACCCCAACAUGCUGCCUCAGUAUACUGCCACCAUUAAGAAGGCCAAUAUUAACGGUCGGGUCCUGACGCAGUGCAACUUGGACGAACUGAAGAAAGAGAUGGAGAUGAACUUCGGUGAUUGGCAGCUCUUCAGGGGAAUGGUGGUGGAACAACGACACGCUGAAAGCCAGGCUCUGCUUCAGGAUGAGUCUGGAGCUGCUAGCGAGCAGGGCAGCAGCGUGCACCAUGUGGAGCCCAGCAGGCGCUCAGCCGGAGCCCAGCAUGAGGCCGCGGCUUUCAGCCUCAACCUCAGCUUCGAGGAGCUCAGCGGAGCGGGUCUGGAGGAGCCACCGAGGCACAGCAACAGCAACACACACUGGCCGGUGGUGAAUCACCGCACCGCAAGCAUGUCCAGCCUCAACUCCCAGGAAUCAUCCAAUGACAUCUGUAAACUGACGGACAAGCAGCAGGCCGAGUAUCGUGACGCCUAUAGGGAGUACAUAGCUCAGAUGGCCCAGCUGGAGAUGUCCGGCGGAGGGGGAGAGCGGCCCGUCCAGCCCCAUCCCGGACAGUUCCUCCAGUCCACCGGCGCAGAUGACAAAGGGGCCAAGGACGGGGCCGACCAAGACGGCCGCAAGUCCUUCACCAAGAGGGGCCCCAAGGCAGGCGAUGCCACAGACUUCCCCUCAGGGACCGAUGCCCAGACGUUGGACCCCAUCAGCGAAGAGGAUGAGAAGCUGGACCACAGCUCGUCCUCCAGGAUGAAGGAGGCCGGGCUGAGCUACCACAAGCUGCCCAGCGACGACGACUCGGGUCCAGAAGAGUCCGACAACACCACACCUCUCCUCCACAAAGAGACCAGAGACGGCGCCCGGUCUUCGCACAGAGCCUCGCCGCCCACUGGGCUCCUCCCCAAGCCUGGCUUCCUCCCCGAAAUCCUCCUGGAUAAGAAGGACUCGUCGGACUCAGGGAUGCGCUCCAGCGACAGCUCCUCGGACCGCUCGCUGGAGGAGGCGGAGGGAGACGGGGGCAAGGAGAGGGAGGCCCCGAAACCCAGCCUGAUCGAGCUGGAGCUGGAGGGGCUGGUGAAGAAGAGGGGCCUCCUUCCCAGCAGCCUCAGCGGCCUUCAGGAUGCGACGGUGGCUCGCAUGUCCAUCUGCUCCGAAGCCCCGUCCGAAGCGAGCCUGAUGGCCAGCAGCCCAGACGAGGUGUGGCCGUCCAGCGAGGUCAGCAACCUCAACCGCACCGCCAGCAACACCACCCUCAACAACAACACGAGCGGCCCCUCUGACAACAACACCAACAACAGCCACCAGGCCAACCUCACCGACUCCACCACCACCACCCCCACCUCCUCCUCCUCGGGCGUCUUCGUCUCACCAGCUGUCAUCAUCACCCCCGGCAGCAGCAGCACUGCCAACACCACCGCCGCCACCAUCCACCACAACCAGAACCUGCGCACCAUCAGCCUGGGAGACGAGAGGGAGAGCGUCCUCUGAGAAGCCAUAUGCGACUGCUGUUCUGGAAAGGGUCACGCAGGCUGUUCUCGAUGUUGUCGGUGACGUAACUGUACUGUCGAUGUUGUGAUGUGUUCCAAAAAUUAGAGGUAGAAGAAACGAAUGUAACCAAGAGUUGCUAAUGAAUCGUCACCAAAUCAAAACUCACAUUGAAGUGUGAUAGCGUAGAAAACUGAAUUACCAAACAGAGUUCAAUCAAUCAGUUAUAAACUAUUAAAUUAAGUCCAAACUUUCUUGUUCCAGUUAAAUUUGCGUAUUUUCUUGUUACUUGAAUCCUCUGUUGAGUGUACACUGAAUAUUUGAUAAACACUGUUGUUUUUCAGGAUUUUCUGCAGCCAAAACCAUCAUUAGUUGCAGCUCUAAUACCAAAUAUAUUCAAUUCAGGUUCUAUGGAGUUACUUUAACGCCUUUUGUCAUGUUACAAACCUUUAAAUACCUGUGUUGUCGUUCAGAUACAGUGGUACAUUUGUGAUGUCUUUCUCGUGUUGUGCUAAUAUGUGAAAAUGGUGCGUUUAGUGCUGGAUGUUACAGGAAAAAGGUGUUAUUGCUUUUGCUAAAUGUAGUCAAAGAGUCAAAGAAAAACGAGCCUGUUACUGAGCCGUGUGGAAUGGUGUGCCGUGCUGUGUUUUGUGGUUAGAACGUAUCACACAAAUGGGGAAAAAAAAUGUAGACAGAAGAAAUGUUUUUGCAUGUAAACGUCUUCUAAGUGUCGAUGGUCUCCUCCAAAGUUCCAUGUGAAUCCGUGUUUUGUGAAUCAAUAAAUGUUUCUCGGCCGUGCGGACCCUUGAAA